AUGUAAUAAGGCUAAGUCAAAGUGAUUGGUAAUUACAGCUACAAUCUAAAGCAUUGUUUAGGAGAAGGUGCUUAUGGUAAAGUUUACUAAGGACUUGAUACCACUACUAAUUUAAAAGUAGCUAUCAAAAAACUUGAUUUACGUAAUUUUGAGAGAGAUAAUUAUCUCAAAUAAUCAAUCAUCUAAGAGAUUGAAAUUCUCAAAAAAUUUAAUCAUAAAAACAUAGUUAAAUUUAUUGAUUUAAUUUCAACUCAAAGAAGUCUCUAUAUUAUUACAGAAUUUUGUAAAGAUGGAGAUCUAAGAGAAAUUAUGAGUAGAAAAAAAUAUAAUGAAUAAGAUGCUUGGAAAAUCAUGAAAUAAAUUAUAUAAGGAUUUCGUGAACUUGUAUCCAAUGCUAUUAUUCAUAGAGAUUUAAAACCAGCAAAUAUUCUUAGUCAUGAAGGAGUAUAUAAAAUUGCUGAUUUUGGAUUUGCUAAAUAUGUUGAUAAUUUUAGUAAUUAAUUAUUAAGAUCAUGUGUUGGAUCUCCACUUUAUAUGGCUCCUUAAAUUUUAGCAAGAAAACCUUAUUCUACAAAAUGUGAUAUUUGGUCGCUUGGUGUUAUAUUUUAUGAAAUGGUGUUUUCUGAUGUUCCUUGGAAAGGAAGAGAUGAAAGAGAUUUAUUAAAAAAUAUUUUAAGUGUUCCUGUUUCAAUUAAAAAAGGAUUUCUAAAUUCUAAAUCUGAAGAAUUUCUUAGGAAAACUUUAACUAUAGAAGAAAAUGAUAGAAUAUCUUGGGAAAAAGUAUUUGAAAUGUUUGAUGUUGUUAAUCUUCCACCACCAUCAGAUUAGAGGAUUCAAACUUCUCCAAAUCUUAAUAUUAGAGUUAAUAAUCAUUAGAGUUCAUCAAAUAAUGAAAAAGAAAGAAAGAAAUCUAUAUUUUAAGGACCAUCAUAAUCUCCGAUGCAUUAGGCUUCAGCUCCUGUCUAACCUAUUACAGUCUAACCUUAAACACCUUCUAUUAAAAGUCUUAGAAAUGAAAUUAUUUUUAGAAACUUUGUUUUAACAACUGAAUUAUUUCCUAGAUAUACAUCCAACAAAAAUAGUAUUGUUGAAAAACUUAUGAUUUGUUUGAGCAAAACUAAUAUGUCUAUGCAAAAUAGUCUAUACACUUUAGCUAAUUAAAUUAUGGUACCAGCUAUUAAAAAAGAUCAGGAUUAAUAUGUAUUGUUUCAUUCAGAGUUAAUUGAAACUUUAUCAAGAAAUGGAUAAUUGUAACAUUGUGAUAGAGAACUAGAUAUUAAUUCUAAAGAAUUAAAUUGCUCUGAUACUGAAUGUGAAAAGUUAAAUACUAUCUUAAAUACAUUAAUUAAAUAAUUAUGGUAUCAUUGUUUUUAUUAUUAUUUCAAGUCAAGAAAUGCUAGAUGAACACAAAAGAACUCCAUCUAGACCUAUCAUGUUAUUAUUAGAUAAUCUAGUAGAUAUCAUUAUUAUACACAAAAAAGUUCAAAGGUGUGUCGAAAUUGAUUACGAUUAAUUGAAUGCUGAAAAGGCUGAAGAAGAUGAUCCAAGAAAAAUUAUGGAUACUGUUAUAGAAAAGCUUAGAUAAGCUUGA